AUGGCUACUGCCUCGGAACAGCUGAGCCCCCUCCAGCACUUUUCACACCAUCAAUCUUACUCCAAUUACAGCGCUCACAUCUCAAACCAAUCCAAUAACAGAGAAUUAGACGACACAGCGACAGACUUGGCCAACAGACAAGAUGAAAGUGACACAUCAAGAAAGAGGCUGGUUGAACAAAGUAGGGAAUUCAAGAAAAACACACCAGAGGAUGUACGUAAACAGGUUGCUCCAUUAUUAAAGAGUUUUCAAGCUGAAGUUGAUUCUUUGUCAAAAAGGAGCAAAGCGGCAGAAGGAGCAUUCUUAUCAAUCUACAAGAAACUCAUUGACACACCAGAUCCCACAUCAGUAUUAGAAUAUUGCGUCAAUCUGCAGAAGAGGGCUCAAAAAGCACAGGAUCUUGAGAUUGAAAAUCAGAAGCUGAGAGAAACAUUAGAAGAAUAUAACAAGGAGUUUGCUGAAGUUAAAAAUCAAGAGGUAACAAUAAAGAAUUUGCAGACAAAAUUAAAAGAGUAUGAGGAGAGAUCAGAGUCAGUGGCUCAGGCUCGAGCCGAUGAGAAGGAGAAAGAGCUUCACAGAGAUUUUGCUGAAAAAGAAAAGCAACUGCAAGAGAAGCAGAUGUCAGUUGCCAAGAAGCUUGGGGAAGCUGAACUGAAGAUUACAACGCUUCAGAAUACAUUGGAUAACACACAGUCAGAGCUGUUUGAUAUCAAGGCCAAAUAUGAUGAGCAGGGAGCUGCAAAGUCGGAUGAGAUGGAACUACUGAUGACUGACCUAGAGCGAUCCAAUCAGAGAGUAGCAGCCAGUGAGAAGCUCAUUGAGGGCAUGAAAGGCCAGUUACAGUCUGCUAACCAGAGUCUACAUCAGGCUGAACAGAUGCAGAGCGCCCCCAAUGUUGAACAGGCUAUCGAUAUACUAACAAGGUCUAGUCUGGAAGUUGAACUUACAGCUAAAGAGAAAGAGAUCUCCCAACUGGUUGACGAUGUUCAACGUCUCCAAGCUUCAAGCAACAAACUCAGAGAGACCACGGCAGCACGAAUCCAGAAACUUGAAGAGGAGCUGACGGCAAGAAAUGCUGCUUUAAAGAAACUGGAGGAGAGACUGAAGGGACAGAGUGACUAUGAGGAGAUCAAACGAGAGUUGAGUGUCCUCAAGUCAAUUGAGUUCAGCAGUUCUGACGGAGGAUCAGUCAGUGAGAGGGAUGAAGGCGAGGGAAGCAAUGCCCUACCUCCCAAGUCCCUAGAGAUGCUGUUGCUAGAGAAGAACAGGGCUCUUCAGACGGAGAAUACCACACUCAAAGUCAACAAUACUGAUCUCAAUGGAGGAGGAGGGAGUAGGGUAGGACCUGGAGGGCUGGCCCAAGCUCAAGCCUUUGCAUCACUCAUUGGCCAGGAAGUUGCAGCGGCUUACCACCAACGAACAGCCAUGAACACCCAAGUCCCGGGUUCCCCGAUCAUCCAACCUAUUAUUGUGAUGCCACCGACAUUGAACCCCCAUGCUGCUGCUGCUGCGGCCUCUGCCCCUCACAUGGGUUUCAUCCACCCCAUGGCCCCGUCGCACCUUCAUCAACCGCCUACACCAAUGUCCCAGUCUCCUGUUCCAAGCACCAGCCACUCCCAUACGCCAGAGCCACCUCAGCCUUCGAAGACACCACCCAACACAAUUGCUGCUGUGCGGGAAGCAGCGGCCAGAGAACUGGCAGCCAGAGAGGCUGCCCUGCAGCAAGCAGCCCUCAGGGAACUGGCCAUGUCACACCAGUGGGUGGAUACAGUACAGGUUGCAAGGAGAAUCAAAGACAUUCUUGCUGAUAAUAACAUAGGUCAGAGACUGUUUGGGGAGGUGGUUUUGAACAUGAGCCAAGGCUCAGUGAGUGACUUGCUCUCAAGACCUAAACCAUGGGACAAGAUGACAGCCAAAGGAAGAGAACCAUUCAUCAAGAUGCUUCAGUUCUUAUCCAGUCAUCACCAUCUCGAGAGGCUCAAGAUUUUUAAUCUUCAGAAAAAAGGUAAAGAAUCUCCUCCAGGACCCACUGCCAUAGCGUCUCCUGUCAAGGCUUCCUCAGAUGAAGCCAUCAACAACAUCUUAGCUCUUGCCAAACAAGAAAUGGAAGCCCAGAAAGCCAUGGCUCAUGAACAUGCUAGGCGUAUAGCCCAUGAAAGAGAGGAGUAUGACAGACACUCUCUGCGCUCAAGUCCUGACAGUACACACUCGUUUUCCCCAAAGACUCCUCUAAGAAAUGAGAGUGAAGCCUUAGAUAUGUCUAUGGGCUCUGAUAUGAGACAUCUACGUGACCUUCGGCGGCGGUCUCUCGGAUCUAUAUCGGGCGAUGGGAGAGAGCCUCCAACACCGAACCUAAAUGGAGACAUUGCCAGAAAGGUUGAAGAAACUCUAGAAAAUAUCAACAAAACUCAUGCUAUGAUGCAUGACAAUAGUGCCAUGACAGCAGGUUAUGGUCCUGGAAGAGCUCCCAAGAGGAUCUUGCCACCUCUGUCCUGUGAUCAGUAUGAAAACAGUAAAGAACUUGAUACAGUUGAUAUUGCAAGGCAGGUGCGAGAACUGCUCGUCAAGGGAAACAUACCCCAAAGGGUCUUUGGAGAGCACAUCAUCGGCAUGUCCCAGGGGAGUGUCAGUGAUAUCCUGUCCAAGCCAAAAACAUGGGACAAGCUUACUAUCAAAGGGAAAGAGCCUUUUAUUAGAAUGAAAAUCUGGCUUGAUCGUGGAGGAAGGAUGGACAAACUCAAGGAGCUAGUACGCAGAGGAAACUAUUCCUUCACUGAUAUGUCGAAUUCUUUCCAAGCUGACACUACAACACCGAACUCCAAUUGUUCAAGUCCUUGUCCGAGUGUAGAAGAUCAACCGCUUCCAUUGCUUCCAGCUACGCAUAUCACAAAAUCCUCACACCACCAAAGUUCUACUUCUUCCCCUCACUCUUCCAACUCCACCCCAACUCCCAAAACAACCUCUCCUGCCCCAUUGUCUCAGCCCCCAUCGUCCCCUCGUCCCACGCCGUCACCAAGAGCAUACCUUCAGAGUCCUUCCUCUCCAAACGCCAUGCCUGAGCUUCCUCCUGUCCAUGAGCAGGCAGCAAUGAUAGAGUACCUAGACACCUUUGCUGUAACGCAGCAGGUUAAGAACCUUCUUCAGCAGCAUGGCCUAGGUCAGAAGGCCUUUGGUGAAGCAGUUCUUGGACUGACUCAGGGGUCAGUUAGUGACCUUCUAUCAAAGCCAAAGAUGUGGCUCAAAUUGAGCAUGAAAGGAAGAGAGCCUUAUGUCAGAAUGUACCUCUGGUUACAGGACCUGGAAGGCAUUGCCAAAGUCAAGAAUUACAAGCCAAAGAGAAAAGCAAGAAGAUAUGUAAUGGUGAACAUGCCUCCUGGUAAUUCUCAAGGUGUUGGAAGUCCUCCUUCAAAGCGUGCCCGUGUCUUGCUCACACCUGAAGAAAAAGAUUGUCUAAAAGCUUCUUAUGACAAGGAACCUUAUCCCACACAGGCCACCAUAGAUGCCUUAGCUGAACAGCUGAAUCUACCAACAUCCACUGUCAUUAACUGGUUCCAUAACCACCGCUCGAGACUCAAGCGUGGAGCAGCCAACGUGGAUCCGGAGAACCGUUUGGUGUUCCACACCCACACAGAGAGUGAUAUGUCCGCCAGGCAUGCCUUGAUGCAAGAGGAGGUGUCCCGCAGGGCUGUGCUGGACGAGAGGUUGCGACAGGAAAGGGAAAAUGGGGAUGUUCGGGAAGAUUCGCCACGUGAACGGAUGGAUGAAGAGAGGGUGAACGAUUUGAAGCAGGCCAUCGUUGCGCUGGAGAAUGCGAGCAGAGAGGAGGAUGUUCCAAACCAGGAAAGAGCAAGGUACCAAGUGAGACAGCCAGAGGAUUGGAUGGAAGGCCAGGAGGAGAUGGAGGAUGUGGAAUAUGAUGAUGAGGAGGAGGUAGAGGAGGAAGAGGAGGAGGAUAUUAAAGAUGCCAUUCAUGACAAUGCCAUGGAAGAAGAGCAAAAUGUGCGUGCUGUGGACAAAAUAGAGAAUGGAAGUAAGAGGCCCAAGCAUGGUGCAGACGACACUGUCCAAAGGUUGCAGAAUGGCGUAAAGGAGGAGAAAGGGGAAUGGGAUUUUUAAGACUUUUUGGAGACAAAUCCCCCAUCCACUUACAUUUCUAGAUUGUCCUGUGAAUGCAAUAAACAACUGUUUGGCAGGGAUUAUAAAGUCUGGGGCCUCGUAUUUUUCACUGUGAUUCACAUGUAUUCACUGCCUGUAAUAGACAUGCAGCCAGGUGGCUUCUUCCAAUGGCAGUCUAGACCAUGUCUUCAUUAAAUUUUAAAGUGAUUUUUCUAUUUUUGUGGUAUUUAUUGAACAAAAUGAGCUUUCCUAUUUAACGAUGAUCAAAUAAAGAGUUAAAGAUGUCGGUGUUGAUUGAUGAAUUUGAUAAUAGUCAUUUAUCAAAAUUGAUUAAAAUGUAAACCAAUUGAUUUGUCCAUUGUAUCAUUCCACGUCUCCGUUUAUUUUCUAAUGAACCCUCUUUUUUUUUAAUUUAAUUUGAUAACAUUCCCAAAAGCAUACUGUUGCAAACAGUGCAUACAAGCACAAUUUCAUUUUAGUACACCCUGUUUUUCAUAGGCAUCAUCCUAAAUUAUUAUUGGAAAGAAGGCAGUGAAGUGAAAAAAGGAUAUAAUUUGUGGUGCUUGCCUGAUGACGUUUAAAUUCUCGAUAUCACAAGAUUAAAGCAACUUGGGAGCAGAAUCUUCAAAGUGAAUUAUGUUGCACUUUUACACUACUUGUGAGCAUAAAUGGUAGAUACCAAAGUGAACCAAUUUUCGUAUGAAAUCACUGUGAAUCCCAACUUGAAUUUUGAUAUUAAAUGGAAUGAUGAUAUGGAAACAGAAAAUAUUAACUUUAUUUUCCUACUUGCCAGUUAUUACUAUCUUAGUAAUAAGCUAUUUAUUUCAAUGAAUCAUGUGUAAAACUACCGUAAAUUUUCUAUUUUUAUGAAUCACAAUUGCUGGUAAGCGUAUGAAAAUGGUGAUAAAUACAUAGUUUACUUUCAUGUAUUGACUGCAUGCAUCUGAUUUAUUGGAAAAUUUCUUCAAACAUUUGAAUCUAAAAAAACAUGUCCAACUUUAAUUAAUUGUCGUCCUUUUGACACCGACGCCCUCCCUUCUUGCCUACUCUUAGAGUGGAAGGAGGCAAAAUGGGGGUAUGUGUGGGAUUGGACCUGGGUAAACAAACAACUAUAUGUACUUCCAUUGAUGUUAUUCUAUUUUAAUCUGUUAUCUCUCAAAGCUAACAUUAUAUGAAAAUGAACUACAAAGUACUUUAUGUAAACAUGUUUAGUUGAUUAAUUUGAAAUUGAAACAAAAAACUGCUUUAAUUGGUGCUCGUUCUUGGCUAUUUACCAAACUCAAACAAUAUUAUAAAUAUAUUCAUAUUUUAUGUGCCAUGUACGUUAAUUCUUUCCAAUGUUAAAUGUGGAUCCUCUAUGAUCAAGAGCUUUGGUAUCAAACACUUAUUGAAAUCUUAAUUUCAUUGAUAUGGAAAGUAUAUUCUUUUGAAAAAAAUCUUAUUCUAACAUGGGUUCAAAUAAGUAUUCUUCGUUCUCUUUUGUGUAAAUUUGUACAUAAUUUUCUUUUUACUUAAUCUUGUAAUCUAUUUUCUUGUUUCAGUGUUAGCACAGUACACAAAGUGUGUAGAAGAUAGCAAAUGUAGUCAGUCGUACUUGCCUUAUGUGUUCUAUUUAUUUUAUCUUGCUGUAUUCUGUUCUCCAUUCAAAGUACUUAGGUAUUCAUUCUCGAUAUUAUUCAUUUAUUCAUUACCAUGUCUUCAAUAUUUAUUUGUUAGCUUGGCGAUAUAUACACACUCAUUGUAUCAUGACAUGUAUUAGUGAGAAAAAGAAAAAGGAUCAUGAAAUAUGCUAGGGGAGUAUUCAGUCAUAAUUAUGCAUUCAUAUUGUAUUUAGUUUUACAAAAGGGUUUAACUUCUUUGCUUCAAGAUGGAGUACAUUUGAGCAAAGCAAAGCUCACAUGAACUAGUAAUUGUCUCAUUAAUUGCUUUGCAAACUCAUCUGUAAACUUUCAAAUUCAUAUCAGAAUUUUCCAUGCAUAUUUGGCGAUAGUAUUUUAGUGUUAGAACUUACGGGAGCUUGUUCAGAAUGAUUUCAAAGGAUAAUGGAAUGGAAGAUGACCUUCUUGUUAUAGAUAGAUUUGACUGCAGAGCACUGUAACUGUCAUUUAUGGCAGUCAUAAUGGGGGGGGGGGGUGACUUCCAAACAGCUUUAUGACAACUUUUUUUUUAUACUGUUCACAAAAUUUAGAUUAUGUUACCACAUGAGAUACAGGAACAAAUACGCAAUUAUGAGCCAACUCUUUGAAAGUAGCAUCGACAAGGACAUGUGCACUGACUUGAUAUUUAGGUAUGCUGGCACAUGAUGAUAUGUGAUCAAAACGUGAGUAAAAGAUGAGAUAUGCAUGUAUUGAAUUAAAACUUAAUGAUGGUAUCCUGAAAAGGAUUAGAGGCACACGUGUAGAAAAGGCCGUACGCAGAAAUUUUAUCCGGGGGGGGGGGGCAGAAUGCAUAAACUUUUUCGAAAAAAGUGAGGGAGCGUAAUAAAAUGUAAGUUUUCGAAAUUUCUGGGUCCCCCCACUGCGUACGGCCAUGAGUGUACAUGUAACUGUCAUGAAACAAACAGUAACUAGCGCUAGCCAGCCAUACAGUUCUUUAAACCUUGGAGAUAAUUCAUAGAUUUGUUUAUUUCUGUAUGGGUAAAUAGUUGGGUUUCGUUACAAGCUAUUUUAGGUGUUUAAAGAGAUCUGACUUCGAUAAACAGAAUAGUAGAUCUUGAUUUAAAGAGGAAUGGGGAAAAUACUCUCCAGAUUUGAAAAGUUGAUGUUAGUUUAUGAUGUGUGAGAAAUGUUUGCAGGGAUAUGAAAAGUGAAGGUAUACCACCAAAGAUUUGAGCACAAACCAUCAGGAAAUUCAAUUGUCAAACGCCUUCCUUUGCUUUCAUAGAGAAUGCAUUAAUUUUACAUUUUUGUCAUAACACUGCUUCAUUAUUCAGAUUAACCAUUACAUUCUGCAUCUAUGAUGUACAUGUUAUGUGUUAUUUUGAAGCAAAACAUUGAAAAUCAGGAGUUAAAUUUUUUUAAGAGCUUAAGGGGAAGAAGGGGGCAUUGGGGGAGUAAUGGAAAAUGGUGGAACACGUUUUUUUUUACUAAAGACGUAAUGAUUUUCAUACGAUUUUCAUACGUAAUGUUUUUCUUACGUUAUUCAGAACAACAUGGUACAAUAAAUUAUUAGAGAAAUAGAGGACAAAAGAGCCUUUUAUAUGAAAUAAUAGUAUGUGAAAAGUUCCACUCAUACACACACACACAACCAGUGCAUUUAUCCUCAUCUUCUUGAAGUGCUCAGCACUUACUCUGGAAGAAGAAGAAGAAGAGAGAGAGAGGGAGAGAGAGUGUGAAAGGGGGGGAAGGAUGAGAAAGAUAAAGACCAGUAUUUGCCUUGUCAAGACGAAGGAAAAUUAUUUGUGCCAUAUUAAACGAUGCCAUAUAGAAUAAUGUAUUCAUGAACAAUUAUAUUCUUACCAGAUGCAAGCCAGCAACAUAUUUAUUGUUCACUUAAAGGGAAAUAAAUAAAGAGGUUUUGACAUGUAUAUAAUUUGACCCCAAAAAAAUGUUUGAACUAAUUUUGAAGACGGCUAAGUUAUCUGGGGUAGUAUUCUAAAGCCAUUUUAUCUGUGAAAAUAUUUCAUUGUAUCUUUAAAAUCGAAUUUGUAUUCUAAGAUCAUAUAUCUCCCAGAUAAAAUGCAACAUUUUAUCUGUGAUAGAUUAUCAUUUUGCAUAUCUAAACAUGAUUUUCAACAGAGCAGUGCUUUAGUAGACUUAUUUAUCGAGUCUUCUUGCACUCCUGGGCCCUGUCUUACAAAGAGUUAUGAUUGAUCGGAUCAACCUCAAGUAUACUGAAAUCCAUCAAUGUCAUAAUGUUUUCUUUAGGAAAUUUGCAGAGAAGCAUACUAAAUUGUCAAGAAAACAAUGAAUGUAUGAAUAUACAUAAUAUCUAGAUAAAUAUUUUUGAAGAAACAUGUAUAUUAGAUGUUGACGUUGCUGGCUUUCCAUAGUUGUGAUUGAUUGGAUCAAUCGUAACUCUUUGUAAGACCCAGAUAUCAGUAUUCAGUCAGCAGACGAGCAUCUAUUUACUUCAUUAUGUAGGACUGCCUAUUGUUAUGGAAGGCAGAUUGUUAUUCAAUACUGAAAAUUUCAAGGGAAUUGGUGCUCAUGUUCUUUCUAAAUAUGUUUGUAUUUGUAACUGCAAAAAAGGGUUACACUUUGAAGUAUCUGUCAGUUGCAUUUCAAAAUUCUCAUAUUAAUAAUGGUUGUCCAAUACUGUAUGAAAUUCAACGAAGUGCUGCUAACAAAAUAAUAUUUUGUUCGGGAUUGAACCAGCCAGCCAUCAAUGAUUGUUUUUGUCACGCAGGUAAAAAAAGACUUCUCCUAAUUGAAACUAAAGAAAAUAAAAUCAGUAGUCUGAAUGAAAUGAAGUCCACACAUUUCUACACGUUUGCAUUUAUGAUAGUGCUAUGAUAGUUUCUUACAUGAAUUUGAUUUGUUUGGGCAUUAUGACUUAUUCUAGCUGUUCUGACCAUCCCCCUUUCAAUGUAGUAUAAGUCAUUUUUCACUCUCUCCAUACAAACAAACAAUCAUAGCUGUAGUUUUUUCUUGGUCAAUGGCACUUAUCAAGUCUUAUGUAUAACAUAAGCCUCGUCUAGUGGGUAUCUAUUAGCUUGAAAAGGUCUUCAGUAUAUUUAAGUUUUAACUGUGACUGAAUUUUCUUAUGAUAAUCUCUCUUUUGUAUAAAACCCAUUGUCGUGUCAGACCAUGAAGUGUUCUUGGUCAGACCUAACACAGCCAAAGUCAUUAUCAUUCAUCCAGUGCAUUAAGCAAUCCGAUGUGUACUUAUUUCAUUGUAUUAUAUUUCAAUCAUUUUGGGCGUAGAGGCAAAUCCAUAUUUAUUCAAACAAACGGCUGAAGGUAUGUGUAUUCAUCAUGUUGUAAUAGAUGUUUCAUUUGCUUUGUACUAGAGCAGGCUCUGUGGAGCAAAAUGUAGCAGAUAAAAAAAACGCCAUCUUUUUAUUUUCUUAAAUAGAAUUUCAAACCGAAGAAUAUUAUUGAUCAUCAUUACGAUGGUGUACUUGUUCGGAUUUAUAUUUCUGAAACCUUACAUGUAUUUAUCCCAGAAAUAUGCAGAGGAUGAAAUUAAUUUAAGUUUCUCAUAAAUACAUGAAAAAAUAUUGUAUUGAAAUUUGCCGGUAAUGGUAAGGAAAAACAAAAAUAAAUGAAAUUCCCAAAAGUAUCAAUUAUAUUUUGAUUACAAUAUUAUUCUAUUUAAAUACAUCUCGCAUAUUGCUGCCAAAAUGAAAUCAGAUGUGAGAAUUGGGAAAUUGGGAGAAAAUGGGAGCUUUUCAUGGAAGGAUUUGUCGGAUGUUUUCGCCAACAAUAACCAUAGUAGCAGUCAGACACUGUCAGAUGAGAAAUAUUGAUGACAUGGCUCUCCAGGAGUUUGUUAUUUAAAGUAUUGUUCAAUAUGAAAAUAAUAACUUGCCUUUUCAAAUAAAUUGAAACAUUGAACAGAAAUAUCUACAUGUAUGAUUAUGGUAACUUUGCUAUGGUAUUUACCAUUUUAACAGUUCUAAACAGCCAAUCACAAUCAUGGCAUCCAUACCAUAAAUUGAUGACUUUAACAAAUUACAAUGUGUCAAUUUUUUUUUUUUUUGGAGCAUUUUACCUUCUGACCAUUUUGCAUUAUCCAGCCUAGAACCAGCAUAGUCUGUAGUAGUAUGUGUUUUGUGCUGCAUCGUAUGUACGUUUACUAUUUAUCUUGCCAUUAUUACUAUGUUAUUACUUUGUAUACAAUUCAUGUUCUAUGAUACGCAGGUAAAGUUGCUACUUACUAAGUAAUGACCCAUGUUGACGAAAACUAGUAAAUGCUAUUUCAGGAAUGGAGUAAGAUCUUGAGUUGCCCAUGAGGCAGUUUGAUAACAGUUUCUCCCAUAGACAUAAUGUCACUAGUCCACGGCCUAGACUAAGGCUGGUGUGACCUCAACUCUGUGAGCUUUUCCCAAGCUUUUUCUCUAAAACCCAUUCUUAACAUCAAGUAAACCCCUUUUUCAUGUCUAGCAAAGAAAUACUUGUUUGCGUACCAUACUUCAUAAAGGAAGCAACAAUUGUAAUACAUGUAUUUGUAUCUAAAGCAACAAGCUUCUAUUGUGCCCUACAAUCAUUUACAAAGUGAAAUAUUUCAGCACUUACUUUGGUUUUGGGGUAAAUUCUUUCAAUCAUUUUGUUUUAUAUGAAUUCAAUUUUUUUUGGUUGAUGAGUGAUGAAAGUGUUUUUACUAGCAAGCAUUUUCUAGUCUUCAUCAAUAUGGGCCAUUCCACUAUCGCCCCCGAGGACAAGGACGUUUGCCAACUCCCCUUUUGCACUGAGAGGUAACGUCUUUCUUGCUCUCUAGGGUGAUACACAAUUGACUUCCAAACGUCACAAAUAUUGAGCAAAAGAAUCAUGUCCGUUUUCUCUUUUCUACAGAUUGUAAAAUUAGGGAGAAUUUUAAUUGAACUGGAGGAUUUCAGUGGUGUCUAGAAUGAAAUCCUUGGUAAAAAAAGGAUAAUUUUUCCAUUAAGAAAUACAUGAAUAAAAGACAUUGUCUUUAAUUAUUUCUAA